AUGGAGGAGCACGAUGCGGCAGAACCCUUCCAUAUAGUCUACGCUGAAAGGUUUUUCAAGUUCCUGCAUUCUGCACAAGCAUUCGCUCAGUCUAUGAACAACCUGGCAGCUCAGAUACAGCGGAUCGAAUUAGUCGUCGAAAAAGUGAUGACGUUCGUAGCUUUUCAACAGCAGCUGCAACAACGCUGUUCCUUUUGGAAGAUUGCAGACACCAACGAUGAUUCUUCUUCAGAUUCAGAAGAAUUUACCUCUAGUAGCACUCCCCAGGUUAAAUUGAAUGCAUUAUCUCCCAAAGAACGUUUCCUUGAUAAAGAUUAUUUGGAAAUCGAUUCCCAUGAUAAACUAGUUUUAAAAGAAAAGUUACAGUCGUUGAAUAUGUCUAUUGUUCAGGUCGAUGUGACCCCUGCAACUGAACAUCAUGACAACGACUGCUCCAAUUCUUGUUCGACUAUUGGUCCAGGUCGUGAACACGUUUGCUGUACUGUACGUGGCGUGCUUCAGAAGGGUUAUGACCUAAACAUUUUACUUGGUGUCCCAUCAGACAAGGACGAAAAUGUAUCCGAAAACACAGGUCAAAAUGUAUGCGCGAGUGAGAAUCAAGGAUUCACUUAUUUCAAAGAAACAGCUGAAGAUCAUACGGAUAGGAUUAAUGACAGUGGCGAGGAAGAAGCUCAUAGUCUAGGAUCUCUCCCUGGCAUUGUGGAAGGAACUGAUAGCGACGUUUUGGAACAAGAACUGUCGAUGAAUGGCGAUUCAAAAGAAAGUUGUAUGCAAGAUUUGGAACAGCCUGCAGUUUGUGAAAAAAUUGAUAAAGAAGACGAUGAAAAUAAUUAUUGGAAAGAUAAUUGUAGUCAUUGUUUGGCUGAUAAUUCGGGAAUUCAUAAUGACAUCGAAUCUACUAAUCGAAAUAUUUUGGACGAUAAUGGCAGUAGUAAUUUGGAGCAAGUUUGUCAUGAUUUGAAAGAAGUUGCUGGAAAUGAAUUUAAAGAUCUUGAUGUUAGGGAGAGCGGAGAAGUUAGUAAUGAUUUGAAAGGAUCUGAUGCCUUUGGAAAUGGGUCGCUGGUGGAAGCUAUUAGCACAAAGAAUCUUGGCAGUGAACACAAUGAUUCUGUACUUGUGAAUCAAUGUCAGCAACUCUCAUUAGUGAGAGCGAGUCCUGAUUCUGGCCCUCCAGAGAGAAAUAAAGAUGGAGAUCAAUUGCCAAACACGUUUUCCAAUGGUUUCAUUAAUGGUCUUCAAUUGAUAGAAUUUAUCCACAAAAAAAUGGGAACUUUUCAGUGGACCAAUGCCAUAGAAGCUAGUGAGUCUGAACACGAAAUGAAAACAGAUACUUUCGUCCAAGGCUGCAGUAUUAAUUCUGAAUCAUCCGUUCAAAACGUUUCUGACGUAAAAGAUUCUGUCGGAACUGUUUAUUUAAGUUCCGAUUUUAAUUCAUCAAAUUUCACUGAACCAAUAAACAAUGAGAGUAACAGUGUUACCACAGAGAAUGUAGAGGAGAACUUGAAACGUGAACUGUUGUCUGAUUGUACUUCAGGAAGUAAAGAUAGUACUUCAGCCAACUCUAGAAUCAGCCGUUCUACGAAAGAGGGAAAAACUUGUUGUGAAACUUUUUCUGUUCAACAAGGCCCCCACACAAUUUGCAGCGCAGACCCCGCCCAACCAGGUGAGUAUGAAAGACGCGAAGUAUGGAGAAGUUAA